AUGGCACCCAACUCUCAAAAUUUCGUCGAAGAGCCCGUGGAAGAAACCCCUCUAUUCACAAAGGAACACCUCGAGUUUUUGAACGAAGGGUUGGCCAAACUCACGCCUCAGGAAAUAGUAGAAUGGGCUACUAUCACUAUCCCUAAUUUAUAUCAAACAACCGCGUUCGGCCUCUCAGGUUUAGUAAUACUUGAUAUGAUAUCAAAAGUAAGCCUUGAGCGUGCAGAGAAGAACGGAACUCAACCACAACAUCUUGUCCCUUUGGUAUUCCUCGACACGCUUUACCAUUUCCCCGAGACCAUUGACUUGGCUCAUCGUGCAGCCGCUCAUUACAAUGCACCUCUGAAGGUGUACAAGCCUGUCGGCUGUUCAACGGCUGAAGACCUUGAACGUAUCCAUGGGCAGAAAUUAUGGGAGGCAGAUGAGGACAUUUAUGAUUAUCUGGUUAAAGUAGAACCAGCCCAGAGAGCGUACAGGGAGAAUCGAGUGAAAGCAGUCAUCACUGGCCGCAGGCGAAGUCAGAGAGGAGAAAGAGAGGCUCUUAAGAUAUUAGAGGUAGAAAACGGAACAGGAUUAGUGAAGUUGAAUCCUUUGGCUCAUUGGGACUUCCAGAAAGUCUGGACGUAUAUACGAGCUAAUGAGGUACCAUAUAAUCCAUUGAUCGAUCAAGGCUACCGCUCAAUUGGUGAUUGGCACAGCACCAAACCUGUCUCAAAUACAUCCAACAACGAACGAGCAGGACGAUGGGAAGGACAGGCGAAGUCAGAGUGCGGAUUACAUAAAGACUAUUUUCAAAUGAGAGCCGCGUUCCUUGCUGCAAGAGAGCGUAGAGCUGGAGCUACACUCGCAAGACAAGUGACCGUGUAA